CGGGUGCAGCCUGGGGUGCGGUGGGCGGAGCUCUGUGGAGCGGAUCCCUGCAAACAGCCCUGCCCGGUGACAUCACGGCAGCCAGGUCCCGGCCGGGGCUCCAUUAGCUGGAGGACUCAGCGCGGCUGCCAAUCACCGCGGAGCCGCCUGAGGGUCGGGGCGGAGGGAGGAGGGACCUGAGCCGCCUGCGCGCACAGCUGGCGGCGGCGCCGAGGCCCCGGGUCCCCGUCUGCGCGUCCUCCCUCUCCCCGCACCCCGUUCCCGGCUCCCCGCUCCCCGCCUGCGCGUCCUCCCGCUCCCCGAUCCCCGAUCCCCGCACCCCGAUCCCGGCUCCCUGAUCCCCGCUCCCGGCUCCCCGCUUUCGGCUGCAGCCCUGCGCCGUCCGUCCGGGGAGGGAGCUGCGUUGGCCCGGAGCGUGGAGCGCGGAGCCGGGGCUGCGUCCUCCAGCGGCUGCGCGCUCGGAAGAGACGCGGGCGCAUCCGGAGGAGCGGCGGCGGCGAGAGUUCAGGCGUCAGCGCGGGAGCCACCGGAUCCCCGAGCCCCGAGCCCCGAGCCCCAGAGACAGCGAGGAGGCGGCAGGAGUCGGGGCGCCGCCACAGCUCGAGCCCCGCGGCCUCCGCACCGGACCGCUGGCCCCUGACUGGGCAUCCUCUGCGCUCGGGCCGCGGCGCCGGCUGCCUCCCAGCUGAACUCCAGCGGCGACCCGUGUCCCCUCAGACCCCGGGGACAGAAGCGGCUGCGGUGCGUCCACAGGGACUCCACCCUCGAUCUCCGCUGGCGCCUCUGGUUCCAAAGACGGGCACGGCCCGCUGAGUCCUCUGCGGCCUGGACCCUCGGGGGAGGGACUCCGGCCCGUGUUCCUGAGACUCUACAAACACCUCGGAAAUGAGUCCGAGAACCGUUGCAACGGAGCGGCCAGGCCGUCAUGACUCCCCGUGAGCUCGUCCGGAGGGAGUGCGGGAUCCGAGUGCGGGAUCCGAGUGCGGGAUCCAGGCCACACUUACCCGGUGCUGCUGAGGGCAGCCUCGCCUGGAGGCUGGAAGUAAGAAAGAAAACGGAAACCAACGGUCGUGCUUGACGGACCGGGCCACCGUCUUCGGUUGGACUCUCUCCCCGGCCUCCCAGCUUGCCCCGCGGGACCCCUCCAGCCCUCACAUGCUCUGCGAUGGUUACAUGAAUUCGCGGGCAGCGGCACGCGCACCCUCUCCGGCUGCGCCCACGAUGGCCCGUUAGGGGAGACGCUGGGAAAAGCUCCCGGGGGGACCACAGACCAUGAACCUCCUCCCCAGGCUGCGGAGGAGCUUCCGCGCCCUCAUCGCGCUCCUGGCCGCCUCCUGCCUGGCCAGCAUCGCCUUCUCCGCCUACUUCCUCUACGCGGGCUCCCGGCAGGAGGUGGUGCUCCUGGAAGCCACCGCCAAGGCCGAGUGCGCCGACCUCAGGCUCCUGCCCUUGCGGGCCGUGGAGCCCCGGACAGCCAGGCCCAUGGACACGUCGCGCACGGACCCCACGGUGCUGCUGCUGGUGGAGAGCCAGUACUCCCAGCUGGGCCAGGACAUCGCCGCCAUCCUGGAGUCCGGCCGCUUCGCCUACCACAUGGUCAUCGCGCCCGGGAAGGGGGACGUCCCGCCGCUGACCGAGGGCGGCCGGGGCAAGUACGUCCUGGUCAUCUAUGAGAACGUCCUCAAGUACGCAGGCAUGGACGCGUGGAACCGCGAGCUGCUGGAGAAGUACUGCGUGGAGUACGGCGUGGGCGUCAUCGGCUUCCACAAAGCCACGGAGAACAGCCCCCCCAGCGCGCCGCUGCGGGGCUUGCCGCUCAGCCUCCUGAACAACCUGGCGCUGAGGGACUGCCUGGUGGACCCGCGCGCCCCGCUGCUGCGCCUCACCCGGGCGCCCCGCGUGCAGCAGGGCCCGCUGCCCGGCCGGGACUGGACGGCCUUCCGCUCCAACCACUCCACCUACCAGCCCGUGCUGCUGGCCGCGCCGCAGGGCGGGGAGGGCCCCCCGGCCGCGCCCGGCGCCCCGCUCCUCGCCACGGUGGUGCAGGACCUGGGGCUGCACGACGGCGUCCGGCGGGUGCUCUUUGGCAACAACCUGAGCUUCUGGCUGCACAAGCUCAUCUUCGUGGACGCCGUGUCCUUCCUGACGGGGCGGCGGCUGAGCUUGUCGCUGGACAGGUACCUGCUGGUGGACAUCGACGACAUCUUUGUGGGCAAGGAGGGCACGCGGAUGAACGUCAGAGACGUGAAGGCCUUACUAGAGACUCAAACCUUACUGCGCACUCAGGUUGCCAAUUUUACCUUCAACCUUGGAUUUUCAGGGAAGUUUUACCACACAGGGACCGAGGAGGAGGACGCGGGCGACGACCUGCUGCUCAGGUCCGUGGACGAGUUCUGGUGGUUCCCCCACAUGUGGAGCCACAUGCAGCCCCACCUCUUCCACAACGAGUCCUCACUGGUGGAGCAGAUGGCGCUCAACAAGGAGUUCGCCCUGGAGCACGGCAUCCCCGUCGACAUGGGCUACGCCGUGGCCCCGCACCACUCGGGCGUCUACCCGGUGCACGGGCAGCUGUACGCGGCCUGGAAGCAGGUGUGGGGCGUCCAGGUGACCAGCACGGAGGAGUACCCGCACCUGAAGCCCGCGCGCCACCGCAGGGGCUUUGUCCACGACGGCAUCAUGGUCCUCCCCCGGCAGACCUGCGGGCUGUUCACCCACACCAUCUUCUACAAGGAGUACCCCGGGGGACCCCAGGAGCUGGACAAGAGCAUCCAGGGAGGCGAGCUCUUCCUCACGGUCCUGCUGAACCCAAUCAGCAUCUUCAUGACCCACCUGUCCAACUAUGGCAACGACCGCCUGGGGUCCUACACCUUCGUGAACCUGGCCAACUUCGUGCAGAGCUGGACCAACCUGCGCCUGCAGACGCUGCCGCCCCUGCAGCUGGCCCGCAAGUACUUCGAGCUCUUCCCGGAGCAGAGGGACCCGCUCUGGCAGAACCCCUGUGAUGACAAGCGGCACAAGGACAUCUGGUCCCGAGAGAAGACCUGCGAGCACUUACCUCGCUUCCUCGUCAUCGGGCCGCAGAAGACAGGCACCACAGCCCUGUACCUGUUCCUGCUGAUGCACCCGUCCAUCGUCGGCAGCCUGCCCAGCCCCCGCACCUUCGAGGAGGUGCAGUUCUUCAACGGGAACAACUACCACAAGGGGAUUGACUGGUACAUGGACUUCUUCCCAACGCCGGCCAAUGUCACCAGCGACUUCCUGUUUGAAAAGAGCGCCAACUACUUCCACUCGGAAGAAGCUCCCAAGCGGGCGGCCUCCCUGGUGCCCAAGGCCAAGCUCAUCACCAUCCUCAUCGACCCCUCGGACAGGGCCUACUCCUGGUACCAGCACCAGCGGUCGCACGAAGACCCAGCCGCCCUGCGGUUUAGCUUCUACGAAGUGGUCACCACCGGCCAGGGUGCCCCAUCCGACCUGAAGGCGCUGCAGCGGCGCUGCCUGGUGCCCGGCUGGUACGCGGUGCACAUCGAGCGCUGGCUGGCCCACUUCGCGGCCUCGCAGUUGCUGAUUAUUGAUGGACAGCAGCUGAGGUCCGACCCGGCCACUGUGAUGGACGGCGUCCAGAAGUUUCUGGGAGUGACACCGCGUUACAACUACUCAGAAGCACUGACGUUUGACCCCCAGAAGGGCUUUUGGUGCCAACUGCUGGAAGGAGGGAAGACCAAAUGCCUGGGGAAAAGCAAAGGCCGGAAGUACCCGCCCAUGGACCCCCAGGCCAGAGCCUUCCUGUCCGGCUACUACCGGGACCACAACGUGGAGCUGUCCCGGCUGCUGCACCGGCUGGGGCAGCCCCUGCCGGCCUGGCUGCGCCAAGAGCUGCAGAAGGCCAGGUAGCGCCCGCGGGCAGGACCGCGCCACCACCCGCCGCCCAGAGCAGGACGCCAGCCCCGCUGCGGCCCUCGGCACACGCGUGCCCCGGGGAGGGACUGUGGCCAAGCCCCCCCGUCCUUUCCACAUGUGAAACCUACAUCUGCGGGCAGCGGAGCCACCGGCGCCAGCCUGUGGGAGCUGCGGGGGGCUUCCGGGCGGGGAUCCCAGCACAGCCCGUGCCUCUGGCUUCAGGGACUCGGUGACCCGGAGCCCUGACCGUGGGCGAGGGACAGGUUAGAGUCCUGGGCGGGAGACAGGACCGAGGCUGGUGUGAGCGGGGCUGAGUGGAGGGCUCCGCUUCCCUCUGUGCUUUGUUGUAAGGGAGGCCGGGUGGACCCUGCCCCACUCUGAGUGGCCGUCACUGGGUGGGUGAGCCCCCAGGCCUGUCCCUGUCCCUCCUCCAUCAGCGCCCGCAGCUCGCUGACCGCGUGAAGCUGGAGCCUCCGUGUCCAUCUGUCCUCUGAGGAGGGAUCGGCUGCAGCGCCCUCACUGGCAGGAGAGCUGACCCUGACCCGGCGCAUAGCAUCCCCGGGCGUCGUGGGUCCCCAGCGCCCGUCCGAGAUUCAGGAAACGCGACGAGACUGCAGACUCUGAGCUCUCAGCGGGUUUGUGGGAGCGUCUCCACGCGAUGCAAGCCGUCCGUGCUGUCAGCCCGGCAGGAUGCCCGGACAGGGGUGGUGGGUCUAUGGACUGGGCCGCUACCACGGGGGACAGGACACGCAGAUAAGAGGAGGGAUGUUUACGGGUCCAGGGGGCCCUCGCGCCUUCAAAGCCGCGCACGUUGGCCGUGGAAGCACGGCUUGCUGUGUGCCGUGUGGGCGCUGUGCACGAGGUCACGUCCUUCCCGCCUAUUUAAAUAUACCCGUGAGCUGAGACUGACCUCUUUCCCGUCGGCGUCUCUAACCCCAGCGCUCUGCUCUCCCGCCUCACCCACACGGGAGGUCCGGGGAGGGGCCCUUCCUGUGGCCGUGGCAGGUGCCUCUCCGUGCGGAGGGCGGGCUCGGGCCGUGGGACUUGGUCCUGUUUUGUGGCUGAAGGUACGUGGCAGCCCGUCAUCUCUCAGUGACACAUGAAGGUGACGUUUCAGCAGGACGCGCAUCACACGGCUCCGCUGGGGCCGCCCGCCCGUCCUCCUGCCCCCCGCCCCCCGGGGCUGUCCGGGGGCUGAAAUAGUAGAUCGUCCCCUGUAACCUGAGAAACUGCUCCACAGGAUUCAGUGUCUGCAGAGGGCACGGAAGACCUUUGUUUUUGAUUAUUUGUGCUUUUAUUUUAAGCGGGCGAUUCAAGUCAGAUCUAAGGGAGAAUCAAGGAUUCCUACCUGUUUUAUUUCAGAAUUCACCCAGAUGCUCCUUCCUGAUCUUCCCACGGCAGCCAGAGGCUCUUGAUCUUUCUUCCCCCCCCCCCCCCCCCCC